AUGUCAUCCAUGAACCCACCCGGCUCGCUCUACUCGCCAACUCACCCAUACGACUCGUCCUACAAGUAUGAGGAGCCACUCGAUCCUCAGAUACCCAGAGGCUAUCCCGAACAGUUCGGCCAUCUUCCUCAAUCCGUUCCUCAGCAUCCAGGGCCUCCUCCUCGGCGCGAAUCCCAAAUAAGUCAAGGCGGGCAGUCGCGGUCUGGUGACCCUGGCCCCAAACAACGACUCAGAAAAGCAUGCGACAGCUGCAGUGUGCGCAAGGUCAAAUGCGACGAAAGCGGCCCUCCCUGCAAAUCCUGUGCGGCUCUAGACAUUCCCUGCACCUUCGAGCGUCCUAGUCGCCGUCGCGGCCCUCCAAACAGACAUGCAGAAGCCAUCAAGAGACAGAAGCUCGAGAACGGCGCAUCGGCGCAACAACCAAACGAUUCACCGACCCACGAUGCCGCCUACAGUCUGGCAGCACUGUCAUUACCGGCCACACUGUCUGCCGAGUCAAUAUGCGACCUGCAAUCUAUCGAAGUUCUUAUAGACGAUUAUUUUCUCUACAUCCACCCGUUGAUACCGCUUCCGCACGAACCCACCUUCCGGGCGGCAUUCGCAAAUCGUCAAGACAAGACAGACAGGAGCUUUCUGUCAUUGAUAGCUUCCAUGUUGGAAACCUUGGUCGCCUCGUUCCCUCGCCGAGCGAGACGUCUAUUCACAUCCGAGCAAUCUAUAGCCCAGUUUCCCAAUGCUGGAGCUCUGAUAGACAGGUGUCAUCAAGUCUUCGUUGAAGCACGUGGUCUAGGCUAUCUCGAUCGCCCCGCGACACUCUACGAUGCCGUCUCUAGCUAUCUCGCAGGUCUGGCCUCCGCUUAUGUGUACGAUAUUAGGCGCAUGCGGCUCUACUUUGGCGAAUGUGUCAUGAUGCUACGCACUCUCGGCAUCCAUCGCCCAGAUAUUCAUGCACCAGUAGGCUCCGCUGCUGGAGCAGAUGCUGCCGCUGAACGGAGGACGCCCGCGAACUACGUCUAUCAGGAAUCCAGUCGACGCUUGUUCUGGCUAAUGUUUGUUUCCGCCAUGUCCGGCCGCCAGCUUGAUGACCCAGAAGCCGACAUACUGAUGCCACCAAUUGCGUAUGUGGAGCUAUUGCCCCCUCUGCCGCAGGAAGUGGACGACGAAUAUAUUACAGAAGAAGCCAUUUAUCAGCAACCGCCUGACCAGGUGUCGGAGAUGGUGGGAUUCAACCUCAACGCCAAGGUGUUCCGGGCCUUCCACACGCUCGCAGCUCUUGAGACGGCCUUUGGUACCGAUACGGUCUACGAUUGGGAGCGUCAAAAGCAAGUCAUCAAGCGCGCUCUAGUCAACGUCAAGGCUGCUACGGCUGAUGCUCCUAAAGAACUGCAGUUGCAGCCCAUCAACGAAUUCGGCGAGUGGCCACCAAUAUCUUACGAAGCGUCAGCAUACUCGAUUCAAGAUCCCAACCUGGGUCCUGGCUCGCUCGCAUAUCCAAGCAGCCGUCGCGGAUCACUGGUCCUACCGUUUCCCAAACAGUCGGUGCAAUAUGAAAUACAAAAGGCCAAUAUUUACGCCACGCAGCUUGCAACACGGUCUUACUUGGUCGAGCGAUACUGGAACCUUGUUGAGCUUCAUGAGCGGAAUCAGACCACUCCUCAUUCUGGUGAGCGAGUUCAGUCUGUCUCAUCGCAGUCUUCACCAACAGGUGGCGAUACAAAGUUCAUCUCGAACCUUGGCCGCUCGCCGAGUGAUACCACAAUGGACGCUAGUGAACAGUCCAUGGCUGUAGAACGAGAAGAUAUCAUUCGCAAUCUGGCUCUGCUGCUACGGAGCAUCAAUCAGGUCAACAUGGAACCCAACGGUCUGAGCUUUUGCAACAAGAUCCGGCAAAUAGCCUCUACACUACUCGAAACAAAACGAGCCAGAAUGAGCGUCAUGCCUACACUCGAUUCCGAGAGUGUCAACAACUACCUGUACCAGUUCUUGGAGAUUCUCGCCAAGCUGAACCGACUCGGCCCUAGCCGUCUGCGUCCGGACGAAGCAUCAACCGAGUACGGUGCUGUCAAGACGGCUGAGGAGAUUGAAGAUGAGGAGCUGGUGCACUGGGCGAGCUUGAAGGAGCAUCAAGAGCGGUUCGUGAGAAGCGAGGAGAUCCUGAUCGGCGCAUAA